UUUAAAAGCAAAACAGUUUUAAACGAUUUUUCUAAAAUGAGAUUUAAACAAUAUUUGUAUUGAAUUCUUAAACAUUGGUAUUUUGUAUCUAAAUUGUGUUGAUUUUUUUUGGUUAGAAAGUACUUUGUAGAAUGUACCAUGAGAAAACUAUUAGAUAAACAUAAAAUAAAUAAAAUAAGAUAAAAUAAAAGAUGUCUGAUUAAAUAAACUUUUUAGAAAAUUGGUAAAUUGAUGUUAAGAAAAAAAGAGAGGGUGAGUUGACAAUAAUAUUAGUUAGUUACAAAAAAAAAACCAAAAUAAUAUUAGUUUUACUUUUAUCUCCUAGAAAAAGAUUAAGUCUAUCCGUCUAUAAAAGCCUGUAUACGUAUAAAAAAGCUAAGACGAGAAAUUGACCUAAGCUUUCUCUCGCUGUCUCUUUUACCUUGCCUCCUUAGUUCCUUGAGCUAGAAGCUUCCCCGUCGUGAGUGUGCACUUUGGUUGCGGUUUAGAUAUGCCACCUCGUUCUGCGUCCAAGCCGUCCAAGAAACGGAGUAACCCUGAUUCAGUUACCUCUUCAGCCACUGGUCCCGUUCCCUCAGCUUCUAAUAAGAAAAAGUCCAAAGAGGUGGAUGGAACAGAUAAAUUGUUUGAUAAGUAUGCUAAUGCAUCUUCUGGUGUCAUUGAUCCAGAAGGAAUUGAGAAACUUUGCUCCAGUUUGGAAGUUCCUCAUACCGAUAUCAGGAUCUUGAUGCUAGCUUGGAGAAUGAAGGCUGAAAGACAAGGUUACUUCACCAAGGCUGAAUGGAGAAUAGCACUCAAGGCGUUAAAAGUUGACACGAUCGGAAAAUUGAAGAAAGCCCUUCCAGAACUCGAGAAAGAGGUCAGAGAGCCAUUGAAAUUUGCAGAUUUCUAUGCUUAUGCCUUCCAGUAUUGUUUGACAGAAGAAAAACAAAAGUUCUUAGACAUUAAGACUAUAUGUCAACUCCUAGAUAUGGUCUUAGGAUCAACAUUCCGUGCCCAGGUUGACUACUUUAUAGACUACCUAAAGAUCCAGAAGGAUUACAAAGUCAUCAACAUGGACCAAUGGAGGGGAUUCUAUCGAUUCUGCAAUGAGAUAAGUUUCCCAGACAUGACCAACUACAAUCUAGAACUUGCUUGGCCAUCAAUUCUUGACGACUUUUUUGAGUGGUUGCGCGAAAAACAAGCCUGAAAGUUACACAAUCACAGUCUAAUAACUUUGAAUUUGAGUAUUGUUACCCACCCUUGAUGAACAGAUAAUGGUUGCCAUAUAUAUGAGUUUCUUUAUUCAAAUGUUCUGCUCUUGUCUUAAGGUUUGGUGUGGUUGGCUCACGUUGCUUUUUCAUCAUUAAGUUUUGUUUGCAGAUGAUAUUUUAUUAUUUUUAAAUUUCUUGAAUAAAUACUGCUGAAAGUGACAUAUCAGUUU